AUGUCAAAUUUUAUAUCACAGCUGAAAUUUAUCGAUGGUUAUUUCAAAUAUACUCUCAUUUGGUUGAAGUCUUUGGUUAAUUACCCAAGAAAUAAGGUAAAUAUUAAGACCUUGCCCUUGCGAGAGUGGCUUCUUGGGAGAAAUUUUGGAAAUGCUUUGCCUUUGGCGAAGCUUAAAUUGAAAUAUUCUUAUAUUAGCUGGAUUAGAGUUCAACGGGUUUUGGUAUGUGUAUCGAAGAUUGUUGGAUGGAUAUUGGGUACGAUGCUUUAGUUUUUUAAAUAGAGUGAAAUCGUUAUGCUAUUCUAAGCAGCAUGUUUUAUUUUUUGCAAAUUUUCAAUCUUUCUAGAGCUAAAGGAUUAAUGUUCUAAAUUGUGUUAAUGUUGUGUUCAGUGUACUAUUUCCAAGGUGGUUUUGCCUAGCAAGCUUGCUAAGCGUUUUGGGAAGGAAUAGAAGCGGUGAUAGAAUAUCAACAACGAA